GUCGGGGAGAUUUUCUCGGCCGCCGGCGCCGCCUUCACGCGCCUGGGGGAGCUGACGAUGCAGCUGCACCCCGGCACCGACAGCUCCCCCGCGGGGUCCCGCUGGACGGAGCCAGAACUGGCGCUGCUCCGCGGGGCCGUGUCGCGAUUUGGAGAGGACCUGAACCGCCUAAAACCCCCCGACCCCCCCGGGGACCUCGUGGACGUCGAAGGAUUUGGGGACCCCCCCCCAAAGAAGCUGAACUUCGACCAGGGUACGGUGCGGGAUGGGGAUCCCCAAAAAAAACCCCAAAAUUUUGGGGCAGCCUGA